AUGAAGGAAAAAAAGACCCCUGUGGCCGCCGCCGACGCCGGGCCGAUUGAACUGCAACCCCCUCCUGCGUUCAUGCAGCAACGGAUCGAGCUGUUCGACCGUCUCUACAAGGAACAGCAGGAGGAGUUGGCUAGGAAACCGCGACAUGAGAUCCAGAUCACCAUGCCCGAUGGCACCGUCAAGCCCGGCAAGGCCUACGAAACGACCCCGGCCGAGAUUGCGAAAGGCAUAUCCAACAGUCUGUACAAGCGCACCGUUGUCGCAAGAAUCGAUGGGGACCAGUUGUGGGAUCUCGAGCGGCCCCUCGAGAAGAGUUGCAAGUUGGAAUUGCUCGACUUCAACGACGAUCAGGGCAGAUUUGUCUUCUGGCAUUCUAGCGCCCAUAUUCUAGGCGAAGCCUGUGAGCGGAGAUUUGGUUGUUCUGUAUGCAUCGGUCCCCCUGUGGACAACGGUUUCUAUUACGAAAUGGCUCUGCCUGACGGAGGUGCUGUCCAUGCCACUGAUUAUGCUCCCCUCGAGGCCAUCGUCGGUAAGAUCGUAAAAGAAAAGCAGCCAUUCCAGCGCUUGGAAAUGAGUAAAGAGGACCUUCUCAAAAUGUUCGCCUACAACAAGUACAAGCAGCACAUCAUCAAGGACAAGAUUCCGGACGGAACAAGAACCACCGUCUACCGAAACGGCCCCUUAAUUGACCUGUGCCGUGGACCUCACGUUCCCGAUACUGGCAGGAUUGAGGCCUUUGCCAUCAUGAAGAAUUCCUCCUCAUACUUCCUCGGCGACGCCAACAACGACUCUCUUCAGCGAAUUUACGGAGUGUCCUUCCCAGAUAAGAAGCAAAUGGCUGCCCACAAGAAGUUCUUGGAGGAGGCGGCCAAGCGCGAUCACCGUCUGAUUGGCAAGCAGCAGGAGCUUUGGUACUUUGAGGAGUGUUCGCCCGGUUCCGCCAUGUGGCUUCCUCAUGGCAUGCGUAUCCACAACGCCAUCAUGGACUACCUCCGUGAGGAGUACUGGAAGCGGGGCUACGACGAGGUCAUGACCCCCAAUAUGUUCAACGUCGCGCUCUGGGAGCAAUCAGGCCACUUAGCUCAUUACAAAGAAGACAUGUUCCUCCUCGACGUGGACAAGGAACAGUUCGGCCUCAAGCCCAUGAACUGCCCAGCUCACGCCAUGAUGUUCCGCCACCGCGAACGAAGUCAUAAGGAAUUGCCCUUGCGCUUUGCCGAUUUUGGUGUCCUUCACAGGAAUGAGGCCAGUGGCGCGUUGAGCGGCUUGACGAGAGUGAGGCGGUUCCAGCAGGACGACGCACAUAUCUUCUGUCGCGAGGAUCAAAUCAAGGAGGAAGUCGCCGAUCUCUUCGAUUUCCUGAGCUCCUUCUAUGGCACGCUUGGUCUCACCUUCAAACUGAAGCUUUCCACCCGGCCGGACAAGUACAUGGGUGAGAUCGAGACAUGGGAUCGUGCAGAGGCCCGCCUCAAGGAAGCUCUCGACGACUUUGCCGCCGCGGGUGGGGUUAAAUGGGAACUUAACCCUGGUGAUGGCGCUUUUUAUGGCCCAAAGAUCGAUAUCGCCAUUCUGGACUGCCUUAACCGAGCCUGGCAAUGUGCCACCAUUCAGCUUGACUUCCAACAGCCGAUAAACUUUUCUUUGGAGUAUCAGACUGCUGAGGGAGCCCAUAAGGACCAGGCCAAGGCGGAUGCUGCCGAUCCGUCUCUGGCUCCGGCUCCGAUACCGGCACCAGAGGCUGCCGCCGACGAGAAGAAGGAUGGCAAGGAGAAGAAGAAGCCGCUGCUAGUCAAGAAGCCCCUGACACCUGGCUGUGCUCGGCCCGUCAUGAUCCACCGCGCGAUGGCGGGCAGUAUCGAGCGCUUCGCAGCCAUUCUUGCCGAGCACUUUGCUGGCAAAUGGCCCUUCUGGUUGUCGCCGCGCCAGGUUAUCGUCAUUCCAGUGGGCAUGGCCUUCCUGGGCUACGCCAAGGAGGUUGCUCAGGUGCUGAAAAAAGAGCGUAUCCAUGUUGGUACGUUUGCCGUUUUCCCAGAUUCGGCUUUCCUGGCCGUUCUAACAUUUUCCUUGCAAACAGAUGUCGAUAGUAGCGGCAACACGCUCCAAAAGAAGAUCCGAAACGGCCAGCUGGCCCAAUACAACUUCUGCUUCGUUGUCGGCGACGACGAGAUGCGGAACCGCAAGGUCAACAUUCGGUACCGCGACGACACCUCCACCCAGGCAAGAGAUGUGCCGUAUGACCUGGACGAGGCAGUGGAGAAGUUGCGCAAGCUCAAGGCCGAUCGCGGGAUGUAUAACCCGUUCCCGCCGCACCAGAAGGAGGCCAAGGCGGAGAACGCUUAGAUGGGUGAAGGUUAUAGAGGACUCUUCUGUAUGGGGCGUGCGUGUUGUGCUACGAUGGUUCUGUCCCGUUGCUGAGUUGCACCGAAUGCCUGCUAUGACGUAGAACGCCGCAGAGUCGAAUCUAUUGUCUGUUUGUCGGGCAGAGUCGCCUAAGACAAAGGUUUGGCCAUGGAGCACUGUAUAUAUAUUUAUGGAUAUGAUGAAAGGUUCUCAAUGGACAUUGUCUGUAAAGCUACAUAUAUCAGAAUCGUCAGUAUACGCGGCAUCAAUGCAAUACCACC